UCACUUCCGUCGGCUUGACUCUGAUCACUAUUCCCCCCACUAGUCUCACUCCCCACUUUUGUUCUCCCAGUCCCAUUCAGCCAUCGCUGCCGAGAGCAACGGAGCCAGCCGGUCGGGAAACCGCGAGCCACCGCAGAGUAGCGGACUCGUAUUACGCAGAAUAAACACCCGUCCGGUCGCCACAUGCUCAGCGCAGUCCGCACAGAGGAUACGCGGCACUCCGUAGUUACAUAACUGGACUACUUCUUUUUUUUUCUCUUACUGUUGGGGCUUUUUGUCACGCUUUCUCUUUUUCAUCGCACCGAACACUCGCUAUCCCCGGUGUCUCAAGUCAAGAUGGAGAACGACGACAAGUACCUCCCCGAGCUUCUGGCGGAGAAGGACAGUCUGGACGCGUCCUUUACGCACGCCAUGAAACUUUUAAACGCAGAAAUUGAUAGAAUCCAGAAAGGCGAGACUAAAAAGGAGGCGGAAGCGUACCUGGACCUUUUCACAACAAAGAACAUCAAACUUAAGGAACGAGUGCUCAUACCUGUCAAACAGUACCCGAAGUUCAAUUUUGUGGGCAAGAUUUUGGGACCUCAGGGCAACACAAUCAAACGGCUACAGGAAGAGACUGGAGCCAAGAUCUCUGUGCUGGGCAAAGGAUCCAUGAGAGACAAAACCAAGGAGGAGGGUCUGAGAAAAGGCGGGGAGCCCAAGUACGCACACUUGUCCAUGGAGCUGCACGUGUUCAUCGAGGUGUUCGCCCCCGUGCCCGACGCCUACCUGCGUAUGGCCCACGCCAUGGAGGAGGUCAAGAAGUUCCUGUUCCCCGAUAUGAUGGAUGAUAUCUGCCAAGAGCAGUUCAUGGAGAUGAGCUAUCUGAAUGGAGGCCAGGAGCACGUAGCCCGAGGUCGAGGGGGCAUGCCGGCCAGGGGCCGUGGGAUCCCUCCUGCUGCAGCACACAGGGGUAGGGGAAUGCCUCCUCGCGGUGCUGCCCCAAGGGGAGGUGUGAGUCGAGGUGGCCCAGUGAGGGGCGCCCCGGGAGGCCGAGGAGGACCCCCUGCAGCACCUGCCAGGGGAGCUGUGGCACCCCGCGCCAGGCCCCCAGCUGCUGGACCUCCCCAGAGGAUGGCCCCCGCUCACCAGCACUCAGCCACCACUGGCCCCGAGAGCUAUGAUGAAUAUGGCUACGACGAGAGCUACACAGACACGACCUACGAGUCAUACGACAGCUACUACAGUCAGCCGCAGGCAGAGCCAGAAUACUUUGACUACGGACACGGAGAGACCACAGACUCGUACGAGUCGUAUGGCCAGGAUAACUGGAACGGGACCCAGCAAGUAGGUCCAGGGAAGGCCCCUCCCCCAUCGAGAGGUGCCAAGACGCCUUACCGGGAGCACCCAUACCGACAGUACUGAACCGGACUUGCCACCCCUAACGCGUCGCCCUGACUACCGCCUGUCUCCCACGGCAGCUCUUGCUUUAAGCAGCCCGACAAAAGUAAUUGUCCGUUUUGUCUUUGGUUUGGUCUUUUUUCCUACACCGGACUUAAUACAAGAGAGCAAAUUGGUGAACUGAAAAUCGGAACUGGUUUUUGAGAUUUGAUCGUGAACUCCUGCCCCCACCCCUACUUUGUCGCACCGGCCAACCACCCACCCAUCCAUCCAACCAACCAAAGCGGCUUUUAGAUGGGUUAGACCGAAGUUGGCCUCCGUUUUUUGUUCUCUCUUUCAUUUAAAUUUGGUUUAUGUUGCUGUAUUCUUUCUCUGACCCUUUUUACCCCACUCUGGCUUUUUUUGCACUGUUGAUCAUUACUUUUUUAACUGUUUGGGAGUAAUCAUUUCUAGUGGAAUCAGUGGCUCAUUACCCACUUGUCUAAGGAAUCCAUAUUAAAUGUUUUUAAAUACAAAGAAUCUGUCGCGGGUCAGUUGCAGAUUCCCAUUUAGGCUACAUUUCAAAAUUCUGUUAAUAUAGCCAAAUAAAAGACCUUUUAAACUUCCAAUUAUGUAAUAUAGAAACAAAAAAAAAUCUAUCUUAAAUGAAGUGACGGUUAAAGAAUCAAUGUUAAUGGAAUUCGUUCUUGAUGAGAUUGUUUGUUUUUAAAUAGUUCUAAAACGUUGUCCAUUUAGACUUAGGCAGCAAUAUUUGUUAUUGUACUUAGAGUUUUGAAAUAUAGCCCUAAUAGACACUGUUGAGAUGGACUGUCCUCAAAUCCUCAAUUUGUUAUAAAUGUUAAAAAGUUAAUUUUAAGUUUCUGAAAACAAAAUGCUUGUUUAAUAAGAACACGGCCAAGAGAUGGCCUCCUGUUAUGCUAAAUACAAAUCAGGUCUUCAUUCUGUGAUCUGAUUCUCUUUAAACUGCAUGCACAAAGUACUCAAGAAGGAUUGGGACACAAAUCUCCACAUGGGUCUUCUCUUUCUAUAGAGAAGGGAUCCUGCAGCUCAAUCCGAACUAUUGUACAUAUUUUAAAACUAACUGUACUUAUUCUGCCACUAGUAUCUGUACCCUCUCCAUAAAAUGCAUUAUGCUACAUGUGUAAGCUUGCCUAAAUAGGUUACUAAAUCUGUCCAAAAGAUGUUUUGCAGCAGUUUGUCAAUAAAGCUUAGUUUGUUUUUUAUGAAACUUAACUUGCUUUAUUUGUUUCCUGUCCUAGUAAAAUUCUGAAAUGGCCUUUUUUAAACAACCUUCAGUCAGAUGUAGGUGUUUUGCUUUGUUUCUCAUUCAAAGCCGCAUUUUAAAUCUAAAUGAAUGUAUUGACGUCUGGAGACUUUAACCCUACUAAAUGAUGUCUUGAUUGAUUAUCAAAAGAGCACAACUUAUUCUUUCUCUCUCUUUCUAUACUUUUAUAAAAGGACCCAGAGGUAAGACCUCUAAAAUAACCUGGAUAGCUUCCUAAUGUGUAUAGAGUUCUAAAGCAUUGAAUGCCUGGGUAUGUAUAAGACUUUUUCAAUCCUCUUACCUGUGGUCGUAAUCGUUAAUGAGAAUUGCUUUUAUAGCAUCUGAAAAUUAACUGAAUCCAAACCACCACCAUUCAGGUCUAGACUUCGUCGUCAUGAAUGACGCUGGCGCGAUGGCUACUUUAGUACAGAGUAAUGGCAGUGCAAUGGAGAGGAUGGUUAUAACCUAGAGAACUCCACUGUAAAGGUAACCUAACCCUAAAUGUUUAAUUUCGUAGUGUGUUUAUCCAUUGACAUAAACUUGCUGGUAAAUGCGUACACUUUCUUAAAAUAUUAUUGCAGUCAUGGCAACAAAAAAGAAUCGACUCAAAAGUAAGACAAACGUAACUUCCAAUAUCAUACAGUAGUGGAUUUUAUGUACCAAAAUAACUGUUCUGUGUACUAACAAAAUAUAUUAGCAUAGUUUUAAUGCCACUCAUGCUAAAAAGAACAAAGCCAAAUCUAUGUCAAUCUCUUCUGUACAGUUGAGCUGCUGUUACUUUUUUCAUUUGCUGUGUAAAGGUUGCUUACUGUAAUAUUGAAAAAGUUCUGCCUGUACAAAAAGACAGCUUGAGUUGCAUGAGCAUAUCUUCUCCUGUAGACGUUGCAUGAUCUCUGUCUCAAGUUUCUCCCAGUGUAUUUCGACAAGAUAUUGAUUUGGGGUGUGUCCUUCCUUCAGGCACAGCCGACGGUCACUGAGUGCCCAGAGACUGACAGUCUGCUGAAGUGAAACCAUACAAAGCUCAGGGAGGCCGUGCAAGGGAGCAGCUCAUCAUGAAGGAGUCGGUUGGACGACGCUCUCUGGGCGCCCCGUUUAAAGGAGUGGCCUGAAGCCCAUAUCUGAUCCUGGAUGGGGAGAGGGGGUUUGGUGUGGUGGCCGAAUGCCAACUGACCCACAGGUGCCAGCUGGCCCAGACGCCCACUGAAAAGGACUGAGGCUGCAGCUGGUCAGCGAAGACACUCCGCUCAGUGGGAACCCAGAAUAACCACAGACUGACAAACAGCUACCAUUCUGCGUGGACUUUUUCCCACUGUUUCUACAUUUCAUGACAAUAUUGAAGUACCGUGCAUUAUCCUUGUGUAAUUAUUUUCGAACAUUGAAUACACCCACUUGAAGCCUUUGCUGGUGGCAUGCUGCUGUACAGUUUCCCACGGACCACCCCCUCUUCCAACAAAUGUAAUUGUUACAGCCUAAUUUACCAUAAAAUGAGCACUCCUCUUAUAGUCAGCUGUGAAAUUGUUUUUAAUUUCUAUUAACACUUGAAUUAAAUGUGAAUCCAAUUCUUGGACUUUUUGCAGGACAAUCUGCAUUCAAGAAGAAUCGUGUGACAUCUGCAUUUUAAGUAUUUCAAUUAAAUAAAACUAAACUCCAGGCUUAAGAGUUAGAGAUGCACAGAGAGUGCAGAUCACUAUCUCGCUACAAACGUUCACUGCGAGCUCACGCGCGCUGCCGCAUCGUCACAUGGCACGGCCUGUGUAGCCCUCAGGAUAUCAAAUGCUAAUUCAUCGUCACAUUUGCAUUUACUCAAAUGUGCCCUCCUUGCGAAUGUGCAACACUUUCAUAAACAACGCUGGCCUGUUCUCAGCGUUUUCACAUCCAAGUAUGAUAAUUGAGCAAGAUGGAGCUAUGGGGAGGGCCUCUUGUGAGAAAAGGACAGAGGGCGAAGACAGACUUUACUUGCUUGCCUUCAUCUAUCCAUCAUGCCUCUGUUGAUCCGAUUCCCCUCUGUGCCAUUUUCUGCCAUUAUCACGGAUAUUACAGCUGCCGCUGGUGCUGAGUUACAUUGGAGGUCAAAACUGUACUUUCCUGUAUUAAAAACAAAUCUCUUUGUCCCGAUCCACUGGUCAGAGGCAGCAUUAGCCAAGUCAGAGGCUCCAUUUAGUGUAUUAAAAAAAAAGCUAGCAGCUUAGAGGAUAGAGCAUUAGAUAUUAGGAACGGGCAACCGGCACAUAUCAUUUUUCAGCCUUUAUAUAGCAUUAUGUCAAAAAUAAUGAUUUCUUUGUCUCCAAUAAUUUAAUGAAGGAUAAGCGAUGGUGUGGAAUCCGUCUCCUUUGUUUGAAUCGAUGAACUGUCAAGAGCGUAAAGGGUGAAAAAGAAAGUAAAUGUUACUGUGCAAUGAUCAAUAAAAGCAGACUUGGAUAUGA